AUGAAAAAUGCGAAAUUACUCAUCCUGUCACACAAUAAACUUCGGUUCUCGGUAACAUCCGGUGGUUCUAACAUUACCCAGACUUUACAGAACUGCACCGGAACUGCGUCGCCUCAAAACGACAACGGAACAAUAAAGCAACAGAGCUCGAAAGAGUCGAUGGAAGCGUGCCAGGAUGUCAGUAAAAUCAUCAGCAACGCGGCGAAGAUUUCCCAUCCGGCGGAAUCGAGGCCCGUCAAGCUCGACGACGACGGCGUCGCGAUAAAUAACGGCGAUAAACGAUCGAUCGAUCCGCAAGCGGUCAGCUGUCAGGGAAAUGUCCUGCCGCAGACCGCAGAGUCAAGCGUCGUGACUGAUCAAAACCGACUCGUAACGGGACAAGGACACGGCAACAAACGUAAAUUUGACGAUCUGGAAGAUCGAGCAAUAGCGGUCGAACGCGAUCUGGAAACCGGCAGCCAACAAGAUCGGUCGAGAAUGACUGGAAAGAUCAAGCCGCGUGUUAAUGGUACGCCAACAACGUUCACCCCAGACGAGAAGACUACCAGGAGCAGGUUCAGAAAUAGCAGGAUACCGGUGGAAGGAAAGCCGUUCUGGAAAAAGCACGUGUCCACGCCGAAGUACGCGAGUUUUCUGAGAAUGUUUCGCAAGGAGGAGACAGAUCGACUUCACAAUAAUUCCUCGUCUCGAAAGAACGACGGGGAAAAAUUGCAACAUCGAAGGAUUUCUGCAGAGAGUUCCAGCAAUAAUCGAGCAAAUCCGCGAAUCGAAAGAAGAACGCCGACCCCGAGGAGCACGGUACACACAACGUACAAUCCUAUAAUGCACUCAUCGGCCACUGAUCCUAUUUUAGAUUCCAGCAGUCUCACAAUACAACUCCUAAGGCUGGCCGUUCUAUUAUACGCGCCCACGUUGAUGCCGGCGUUGAAUUCAUUAAUCGCGCAACAGAAUCAGCAAACGCCAGUGUCAAUGUCUUCUGCUUUCGAAGGUUCCAACGAUCUGCUAAUGCAAAUCUUUCGUCUGCUCAACGAGCAACAAUCCAUUCCCAAUUUGCCAUUAGUACCGAUCGGAUCUGAGAGAGUUUCCUCGUCUUUAUCCGCGGAGACAAAUGGCGAAUGUUCACAGUCACUUUCCGAGGAGAAGGAGGAGAAUACCUCAUCCCUUUUGGAAAAAUCUGACCCUGUUUCGGAACAAGGAUCUAUUUUUGCCGGAAAAAGUGGUUGGAAAUCGAAUAACCACAUACAACAGCAAGAUGGAAAGAAUAGAGAGUGGCGACUGACGUCGAUGUUGACCGAUUCUGAUGUGAGAUUGGACGGGAACAUCUUCACGGCGGACGACUUCCGGAAAUUCGAGGAAUUCUUAAAGGUCAAGACAAAGCGUUCGGAAGAUGUUCGGUCUCUGUCCACGAAACGCAAAAACGAGGUCGUCAUGAAGGAAUACUUCCGGAACUGGUUGCAUCGGUUACUACGACAACUAAACUCGACGAGUAGUAAUCUGUCUGUGAAUAGCGAGGAGAGAGGGUGUCCCGAAGGAUCUUCAAGGACUGCAGGCGAAUCUUCCUUAGAAGAGGUAGAAGGACAGCGAAAUAGAGACCGUUCGGUAUCUGACGAAUCGCCGGAUUCCUCGAGAGACGACGGCAAUACCGUUUCGGAGCGCGAGGAAGAGGAUUCCGACGAUCAGAAAUCGUUUACUUCUGCUACGAGCACCAAUUCCUCGAGAUCGCAGUUCAAGCAAAACGACGCGAUUGUCGCGGAAAACGAAGGAAAAUUGCCGCAAAAUAAAAAUUUGCCGGAUCAAUAACAAAUUUUCGAUAAAUGAGAUGUAUAUAUAUUUGAAACAAUGGGCUAAUAAAA